AUGACUCCAACAACAUCAAAAACCAGAAGCAACAAAUCAGAAUUAAAAGAACCAGAAACAUCAAAAACGUUAGCAACACCAAAAACAUCAACGUCCUCCUCGUCUUCCUCCUCCUCUUCAACAACAACAACAGUACUACUUCCAAAACAAAGAAGGCAAAUUAGCCAAAUUAGUGGGUCUAAAAGUUUAAAGGAGGCAAAUAAUAAUUUGCUUCAAAAUGAGAAUAUUAAUGAAGGUGAGGUGAAAAGUGAAGCAAAUAACGACGAAGCAAUGCUUAAUAAAAUUGGAAAUAAUUUUACUAUUGUAGUUGAAGAAAAUGGAAUUAAUAAAGAACGAAAUCGAGAAGACGAUGUAGACGAAAUUCUCUCCCUUUGUUCUUACAAAACAGCAAAUUCACGCCUCGCGAAUUCCUCUUCCCCUUCAAACUUCCCAGUUUCUGCUAACAAUGUAAACGGAAACGGAAGCAAUGGCCAUUCACAAAGUGAAAUGUUUAGUGCCCAAUCAAUUGACAGUCUAAACAGUAUUUCAUUUGCUGAUUCUUACAAAACUAGUUUAAGAAGUCCUCCGCCAUUUUUCGACAACGACGAUGACUUUUUAACACCUACAAGUACAAUGGAUGGACACUUUUUUAAUCAGAAUAUUUAUAAUAAUUUUAUUAAUCAAGUGCAAGAUGAAAAUGAAGAACUUGGAGAAUUUGAUUCUAGAGCUAGAACGCCGACUGCUAAAAGUCAUACACUCGACUAUGACACGCUGCAAUUGGAGAAUCAACGUUUAGCAGAAAAAUGUCGCCGUUACAAAAAUGAAAGGCAAAGAUGGACAGAAUGGCUGGCAAGAAGGGCGACAACGAUAUCAGGAACAACAACCCCAACAAAUGGAAAAGACCCAAAAUUGCAAAUUGAAAAUAAUAAUUUAAAUGCUUUACAACAAAGAAGGCAACGUCAACAACAGCUAGCGGUAGAUGCAUUAGCAGAGCUGGAAUCUAUUGUUAACGAAUAUCGAGAAGAAAAUGUUGCUUUAAAAUCAGAAUUGCAACAGCAACUUAGGGAGCAAAAUUUAAAUGCCCGUUCAUUUAACCACGAACAACAACUUACUGAACAACUAGUUUCCGCCGAACUAAUAAACGCCCAAUUAAGACAAGAACGGGAUGAAUUGCAGCAAGAGAUUGAUGAGAUUCAAGAUCAAUGUCGAAUGGAAGAAAUUGAAGAAUUUCGAGAAUUACAACGUGAAUUGGAUCUUAACGCAAAGAAUUGUCGAAUUCUGCAGUUUAAACUGAGAAAAUCAGAAAGGCAGAGAGAACAAUUACAAGCUGAAAGGUGUGUGCUUGUAUCGAGAUGUGAGGAACUGCUUGAUAAAAAUAAUAAAUUAAUUAAAAAUGAAGAAAAAAGUGAAGAAGAAAAAUCAGAAGAAAUAUCAGAAGAACAAAAAUUUGCACAAAUGGAACAAGAAUUACACGUUGCAAAACAGAUUUCAAUAAAAUUACAAAAUGAAUUAGAAGCAGCAGAAGAGCGUCGUUGCCGUCUUGAAGACGAACUUUUUUACAAUAGGGAAAAAGUUAGAGAACUUCUUGCGCAGAAUAAGUGGAGGGAAGCAAAGAAUAAUAGGGAACAGCAGCAAAAUAUAAGACCAAGAGGAGAAGCUCUAAUAAUCUCCUCUGCCGCGUUAAUGGUCGAUGGGAGCAGCCAUGUUAGUGCUAGACCUGAACAUUUUGAGGAGGAAGAAGAACCAAAAGAAAUACAACGAGAAGUUAGGGAUUCGAUGGAACGUGAAGCUGAUUUGAGGGAACAAUUAAGAUUCACUGAAGCUGAUUUACAAAGAACUAGAAACAGAAUGAGAGAAUUGGAAACUGAAAACGAUGAUUUGCUACAAAAAUAUACUCGGUUGGCUGAUCAACAAGCACAAAAUCUGUCAAUGCUUCCGGGAGGAUUAUUGACUCCUAAAAGGCCUAGUCUUUUUAGAAGCAUUAGGCAAGCUUUAAAAAAAUUACAAUUUUAA